CUUUGGAGUGGUCACUAUCUACUUCUCCUUUAUUGCCCUCGGUUGAGGUGAGUGGAAUUUUUUUUUAUUUGUGUACAGUCGAGUUUCAGUUGGGAAACUCAUUUCUGAGAGUGGAAUAUACCUUUUUGGUGCAUGAGUGGAAUAAUUAUAGAAUAUGGGAAUAUUCGCGGCACUAUUUAUUUUCGUAAUCCUACUUUUGUCGCUCAAUUACUUGAAAGGUAAAGAUAGACGAAAGCGUUUAGCAGAUGCUGUGGAUCAAUUUGGAGGGUCACCAUGGUACCCAAUUAUAGGAACAACGUUAACCCAGCUCAGAGCACCAAGAGAGGAACUGUAUCAGCUAAUCUAUGAUCGAUCUGAAAAGUUCGGCCCCAUCUUUAGAUCCUGGGUUGGAUCCAUCCCUCAACUCCAUUUCACCAAAGCUAAGCAUGCUGAGGUUGUUUUGAAGAGUAGUGUCAACAUAACCAAGGGGAUGAACUAUGAUUUCGUGAAGAAUUGGUUGGGAGAUGGAUUGAUCACUGGAACAGGCUCCUACUGGCAGAGACAUCGUAAACUGAUAACACCCACAUUCCACUUCAAAAUAUUGGAUAGCUUCCAGGAGGUGUUCUCGGAGAAGGCCCAUUUACUGGUUGAAGAACUCAAACCCUUGGCUAACGGGGAGUAUUUUGACAUAAGCACAUUAGUGACUCACUGUGCUCUGGAUAUUAUUUGUGAAACUGCCAUGGGGGUGGAAAUCAAUGCCAUGAAAUCCUCAGAUUCAGAAUACGUCAAAGCUAUAUACAGGAUACUUGAGAUAUUCAUAUACAGAUGGUUCAGACCAUGGCUCCAUUCGGACUUCAUAUUCGGAUUUACAGCAAAAGGAAAAGAACAGAGGCAAGUUCUAAAGGUGCUCCACGGUUUCUCUGACAAAGUUAUCGCAGACAGGAAGAAAAUCAUCCAGAACUCACAAGGCAUGGCAGAACUGAGCGAGGAGGAUAAGCUUUUGGGUAAAAAGAGGAGAUUAGCUUUCUUGGAUUUGCUACUUCAGCAAAACAUGGAAAAAAAUGAAUGGACAGAUAAAGAAUUGAGGGAAGAAGUGGACACAUUUAUGUUCGCAGGACACGACACCACCACCUCUUCUGUGCUAUGGAAUCUAUUCGCUCUAGGAAAUUAUCCAGAAAUUCAGGAAAAAGUCUAUGAAGAAAUAGACUCGAUAUUCCAUGGAGAAGAACGACCAAUACUUCCUGAAGAUGUUGCUAGGAUGCAGUACAUGGAGAGAGUGAUGAAGGAGACUUUGAGGAUAUACAGUGUGAUUCCUUACAUACUGAGGCGCCUUGAAGAGGAUAUAGAGAUUGAGGGCAAGAUAAUACCAGCUGGUGUAUCAGUGGCCAUUCACAUUACCAAUAUCCACAAGGAUCCAGAACAGUUUCCGGACCCCUUCCGCUUUGAUCCCGAUCGGUUUUUGCCGGAGAAUGUUGCUAAGAGGAACCCCUAUUCGCAUAUACCCUUCAGUGCAGGACCCAGGAAUUGCAUAGGUCAGAAAUUUGCCAUUAGAAAUACGAAAACAAUGCUCACAGCUAUUCUGAGGAAGUACAAGGUGAAAUCUAAGUUGAAACCUGAAGAAAUGAAGUUUUAUGGUGAUAUAAUACUCAAACCCCAAGAGGGAAUAUUUAUCUCCUUAGAACCGAGAAAUUAGCAUUAAGUAAUUGAUUUUGUAUAAGUUUUUGUGUAGUGAUACUGGCUGUUAAUAAAUAAUCUAGUCAA